AUCACGUCUGAGUUCUAAUUCGCAGCACAUCAGUAGUCCUGUAAAUAUCAAAACGAGUGGUUGUGCUUCUUUGCUGAUACAAUGAUUUGGCUACUUUUAUUUCUUCUCAAUUUCGGGUCGCUAGUGGACUUAAGCAAUAGUUUUGACCUCAGAGAUGGUCAUUCCAGCGAGAAUAAUUUGAUUGGCGAAAUAUGCCAGAGCAAACACAUCCGGUUCACAGUUGACGAUUUGAUUCAACUAAAAAAUUGUAGUGUCAUUGAAGGACACCUUAUGAUCUCAUACAUUUAUCCUGACUUCAACGGGUCGAGCUUAGAAGGUCUUGAAUUUCCACUUCUAACCGAAGUCACCGAUUAUGUAUUAUUAUGUUAUGUUAGUGGAUUUACAUCGCUGGGCAAACUAUUUCCGAAUCUUCGCGUCAUUCGGGGAAAUUAUUUGAUCGAUAACUAUGCAUUGAUUGUCUACGAAAUGACUCAUUUGCAGGAAAUCGGUUUAAAAUCGUUGACUAAAAUUUCUCGAGGUAGCGUGCGCAUUGAAAACAAUCCAAUGCUCUGUUUCGUGGAUACAAUUGAGUGGUCUCUGAUUACAUCAGGUGGUAAGAACAAUGUUAUCAAGAAAAAUAGAGCAGCAAACGACUGUCCAACUUGUGCACUUGUUGGUAAAUCUACUAAAGACACUCGUUUACUCAUGUGUCCUGAAUUAAAUGGCAAAAACUUAUGCUGGAAUCAAUCCAAUUGUCAACAACUUUGUCCCUCAAAAUGUGGAAAUUCAACGUGUAACGUAAAGGGAGAUUGUUGUGACGAUUCAUGUGUCGGUUGUGAUGAGGCUGGUAAAUGUUUAUCAUGUCGUCACCUAAGCAUUGGUAAUUCCAAGGAUCUGCAAUGUGUAAAAAUUUGUCCAUCCAACAUGUUUUCUUAUGAGAAUUACCGUUGUGUCACUGAAAGUGAAUGUCGGGCGAUUAAGCAGCCCAUCUUCGUAGAGGAUCGAAUGUUGGCAUAUCCAUAUAUUCCACAUGAUGGUGAAUGUUCCACAGUCUGUCCAAACAAUUUUCGUCCCGAUAAACUAUUUGGACAUCGAAAAUGCAUGCAAUGUGUUGGAACGUGUAACAAAUUUUGUCCACCUGGAGGUAUCUAUAGCAUAUCUUCGGCUCAACGUUACCGCGGAUGUACACAUAUCAGUGGUCAAUUAGUUAUUAAAAAUCUAGACGACCAAUCCGUUGUUCGUGAAUUGGAAAAUUCUUUGUCUGAGAUUGAAGAGAUCGAAGGCAAUUUGGUCAUUGAGCAAUCGCAUUCGAUAGUGUCGUUGGGAUUCUUCAAAAAACUACGUCUUGUGAAGAACAAUCCAAUGGGACAGGAAACGUAUGGCAUAAAAGUAAUCGGAAAUCUGAAUCUUCGUGCUCUCUUUACGCACAAUGUAACAAUCGAACAUGGUCGAAUGUUUUUCCAUUUCAAUCCGAAGCUUCGCCUGAACGUUAUCGAAGAAUUGAAACUCGAUAUGAUUGACUUACGAAGUGAGUCGAGUUUGAAUGAUGAUGAGGUUGCACCAGAUACCAAUGGCAAUGAAAUUGCAUUUGACAUCGUGACUUUAAAUAUUGAAAUCAAGGAAAUUAAUGCUAACAAUGUUGUUAUGGAACUCGUACCCCUCGUACCCCUCGGUUAUUUGAUAUAUUACAAGCCAGCGCCGAAUCGAAAUGUUACAAUGUUUGAUGGAAGCGAUGUAUGCGGCAAAGAUGGAUGGCAAGUAGUUGAUGUACCCGAUAGCAUCCGUAAUUCAACGCCAAUCAACGUUAGUGUAACACAACUGAAACCAGAGACUCGCUAUGCCUAUUACAUACAAACAUACAUUGUUGCUAACGAAAGACAUGUUGACUUAACAAAAAUUCAGUACUUCCGAACGUCGUCAGAACUCACUUUGAACCCAUCAGUUACCGCAGUUGUCGGCUUAGAAAGUUCGUUUCAUUGCCCAAGAAACUUUUAUCGGAAUGUGUCAAGUGGGGAUCGAGCAUGUGUUCCAUGUGUUGGAAUCUGUGAGAAAGUGUGCCCACCAGGACAUAUUGAUGGUAUAUUAACGGCUCAACGAUAUCAUGGAUGCACAUAUAUCGCUGGACAGCUUGUUAUUCAUAUUAGAAAUCCGGCGCCCAAUACAGUACGUGAAUUGGAGAAAUCCCUAUCAGAGAUUGAAGUGAUUGAAGGCAGUUUGAUCAUUAAGAGAUCGUAUCCAUUAGUGUCGUUGGGAUUCUUUAAAAAGCUGCGACUUGUGAAGAAUGAUCCAUUGGGAAAUGAAAAGUACGGCAUUAAAGUAAUCGGAAAUCAAAAUCUUCGCGCACUCUUUACACACAAUGUAACAAUUGAACAUGGUCGAAUGCUUUUCCACUUCAAUCCAAAACUUUGCUUGAACGUUAUCGAAGAAUUGAAGCUCAAUGUGAUGGACUUACGAAGUGAAUCGAGUUUAACGAAUGAUGAAGUUGCAUCUGAUACCAAUGGUGACAAGACUUCAUGUAAUAUGAAGGAAUUAAAUGCUGAAAUCAAUAGAAUUGAUUAUGACUCAGUGGUCAUUCAAUUUGAACCAGUUUUAUACGACGAUAGCCGCUCAUUGCUUGGCUAUUUGAUGUACUAUAAGCCGACGCCAUUUCAAAAUGUUACAAUGUUUGAUGGUAUUGAUGCAUGCGGUGAUGAUGGAUGGCAAGUGAAAGAAAUUCUCGAUCGUAAUCGUAAUCGUAAAUCAACGCCAAUUCUAUUUAAUGUAACACAUCUGAAACCAGAUACCCAAUAUGCCUAUUACAUUCGCACAUGGACCAUCGAUAGUGAAGAAUAUGGUGGUUCAACAUUGGUAAAAUACUUUCGAACAGGACCAUAUAAGGCUGGUACAACCAGGAGCUCGGCUGAUGUUGAUAGUAGCUCAGAAAUCAAUAAUCGGUUGGAUCCGUCAGUCCGAAAUCGCGAACGAAGUUGGCUCUAUGUUGAAGAUGCUGAGGAAUCGAUAGCAUUUGAAAAUGCAGUGCAGAACGCAAUUUAUGUACGGAGGAGAAUAGUAGUAACCGGAGAUAUAUAUUAAUAUGCGUCUCUAUAUUAAUGUCACUUACCCAAUGAGUCUUACUUUA